AUGGCCACCGUGGUGCGACGGGAGAGGGGCAAGGGGGAUGUUCUGGUGCUGGACGCGGGGGAUGAGUUCAUGGGCACGAUUUGGACGUCGACGUACCAGGGGCGGGCCACGGCCAGCUUUCUGAGCGAGCUGGGCGUGGACGCCAUGGCCCUGGGCAACCACGAGUUCGACUUCGGGCCCGGUGUGCUCGGCGCGUUCCUGGACAAGCUGGCGCUCCCCGCGCUGGGGGCCAACAUCGACACGUCUAGGGAGCCGGCUCUGGACGGGAAGAUUUUCCCCAGCGCGAAGGUGGAGGUGGCUGGGAGGACUGUGGGGGUGGUGGGGUUCAUUUCCACGGACACGCCCCUGCAGUCGUCGCCGGGGGAGAAUGUGGAGUUUUUGACCGACCUGGCUGCCGUGGUGCAAGGCGAGGUGGACAGGCUGAGGGAGGACAACGUCACGAUCAUAGUGGGGCUCAGCCACGCCGGGUUCGGCGUUGAUGUGGACCUGGUUCCGCGGCUGUCGGGGGUGGACGUGCUCGUGGGCGGGCACUCCCACACGCGGCUGGAGGGGGAGGCGUACCCGACAUUCGUCGAGGACAGGGACGGGGUCGGCGUGCCCGUGGUGCAGGCGUUCUGGGCGGCGCAGACGGUGGGCGUGCUCAACGUGACGUUCAGCGAGGACGGGGCGCUGCUGUCGGCAACGGGCGCCCCGGUGGUGCUGGGGGCCAACGCCAGCGAUGCCACAACGUUCGUUGAUGACGACGCAGACAUGAGCGGCUUGAUCGACAUGUACAGGGGGGACGUGGAUGCAUUUAGGCACCUCGCCAUCGGCCACACUGACGUCUUCCUGGACGGGCAGGUGGACAGCGUCCGGUCCAAUGCCAGCAACCUGGGCGUCAUGGUGUGCGACGCCAUGGUGUGGAAGGUCAAGCAGUCCACGGGGUUUGAGGACGAAUUUGGUGACGUGGACGUGUGCCUGCAGAACAGCGGGGGUAUCACGGGGUCGGUGGACGAGGGGGAGGUCACCUUUGACGACCUCAUCCGGGUGCUGCCCUUCGGGAACACGCUGGCCAUCCUGAAGGUCACCCCGGCCGAGCUGUACAUCGCGCUGGAGAACGGCGUCAGGCGGUGGCGCGGCGGGCAGGGGCAUCCGGAGGAGUUUCCCCAGGUCACCGGGAUAAGGUUCACUUUCUGUGACGAGAUGGCGGAGUGGGAGAAGGUGGUUACGGUGGAAGUCUUCGACGGGGAGAAAUUCGAGGCCGUGACGAGGGACGCCAACGAACCUGCGAUCAACCUGGUGACCAACAACUUCAUUGCACACGGCGGCGACAAUUACACGGUGCUGAGGGAUGCGGUGCAGUUGUUUCCCACCACCGGAGUCACCCUAGACUCAACACUGCUGGACUACAUAAUGGCGUUUUCGCCGGUGUCUCCAGAGGUGGAUGACCGCAUCCAACACGCAUGCGCCACAGGCUAG